ACCACAACCGCCUCCAAUCCAUCACUAUCUAGCUAUUCCCCUCCCUGGCGCCGCCGCGCGCUCGGCUGCAAAUCUUCCGCUCGAUUCAUCGUCUCCUCCGACGGCCUGCCUAACAUUUGCCACUUCUCCUGCCUCAAUGAACCGCCUCUCGCGACCACUUGUCUCUUUCAUGGCCUCUGCUCCGCCUCGCUGGUGGCCGCCCGCGCUUGCGCGACGACUUUCCCCACCCAGUGAGCGUCUCAAUCCAACUGUUCGUCGUGCUUCCAGUGAUAGAUUUCCUCUUGGAUUUCGGAACAUGGCCACCGGCAUCAGAAGCAGUGAAGUAGACGGCCAUGAUUCUGCCAAACCAGACACGCGGCUGCUCACCACUUCUGCCCAUGAGCACUCUGCCAUCACCCAAGGCAUGAACAACAUGAGCAGAACUAAGGAGUUCAUUUCUUGUUAUGGCGAGAUUAUAGAUGGCAAACGUGAUGCAUGGGGGAAAACUGUUGGCUGUGGGGAAGAAAUCGUGGUCAGCGAUGACGAAGAAUAUGAGAGCUGGGAUGCAUUGAUGGCUCGAUACCCCUUUGAAGGUGUACUCCCGUUGGAUGUUUUUCCAAAAAGCAGGCACCGUGAUGGUUCUAUAUACAAAUGCACACAUCCAUGGACAAGAAAAUGUCUCAUUACAGACCGCAGUGAGACUGUGUUCGAGGCAAUGAUGUUUACAGAGCCCUCAAAUUGCUUCAUCCUCAAUGGAACUUGCAUGCGGCAUGCACCUAGUCACAUGUUCCAAAUUUUAUCAAUAAAGCUGGCUAAACUUGACGUGGAUGGUGGACCAGUAGCGUUAUAUGGAUACAUAGCAGUGCGGGAUGAUCUGGAUCCAUUGCUUAAUUAUAUCAUCAAAUAUAGCAGGGAUGAUCCCAUCAUCGUGGAGCAGGGUUCCCUCUUCAACUUGGCUGGCCCCAAGCGAGGGAUUGAUUUUUAUGGUAAUAUUCUAAUCGAAUAUGACAUGAGGAUCAGGACUGCUAAAGAAGAAAAGGAUGAUCUACAGUUGAUCGAUGGUGCGUCAAUGAUAGGCGACAUGGGCUUACGGAAUUGUCAUGCGUUCACAAAUCGCAUCCAUGGCGAUUCUGGCGCAGUUGAUGUAACUUUUUCACGUCUUGAAAAUGCAGUUGAGGCGACCGUAGAAGUUUUCAUAUCAGAAGUGCAAAACAGUUUUAGUUUGUUUCUCGGCUGUUUGACCAGUGGGUUGAGUGAAGAAAUCCGACUCUUCGAUGGCGUCAUUGGUGAGACACAAAGCUUAAAAAGGUCUGUGGUUGCUGUAGUGACAGGUUCUUCGAUACACCUGAAGUUUAAGGUUGGCCUGGAGUCGUCCAGUUCCGCUGAACAUGAUUGUUCCUUCAUUGCUGGCAAUCACGGGUCUAAUGCUCGAAAGAUAGAGACUGAUUUUGCGUUAAUCUCAGUAAAGGUGACCUGGUCGCCUUUACCUAAGGGGCACUAGGUUUGUUUCAAUUCAUCACAUCCUUGGAUGGACUUUGUCAAAUAGUUGUGUGUAACGAGCUCUCAGAUAAGCAGCCAAGUCGUGGACCUGUGGCCUAAAUUUAUGUGUACUCUCAGUGUGCAAGUAUCUAGUAUGUGUACUCUGUUGA